AAAUCUCCCACUAUAUAAAAGAGGACUAAAACCACCUCAAAAAAAAUAGAUACAUAUUCUUCAACAAAGUAAGCUUUGAACCCAAGCUAAGCGAGAAACAAAGUUGUAAAAAAUGGGAGAAGUUAGGUUGCUUGGUGUUAGUGGUAGCUCUUAUAGUCGCAGAGUUGAAUGGGCUCUGAAAGUUAAGGGCGUGGAAUAUGAAUUUAUAGAAGAAGAUCUACAGAACAAAAGUCCUCUGCUUCUUCAAUCCAAUCCUGUCCUUAAGAAAAUCCCAGUGCUAAUUCACAAUGGAAAACCCAUUUGUGAGUCUAUGGUCAUUCUUGAAUACAUUGAUGAGACUUUUGAUGGCCCUUCCAUUUUGCCUAAUGACCCUUAUGAACGAGCCACUGCACGUUUUUGGGCUAGGUUCAUUGACGGAAAGUGUUUGGAAGCAGUGGGGAAAGCAUUGUGGAGCAAAGGAAAGGAGGAAGAGCAGAGCAUACAACAAGAAGCUUAUGAGAUGCUGAAAAUUGUUGACAAUGAACUUAAGGACAAGAAAUUUUUUGGGGGAGACAAAAUUGGAUUUGUUGAUGUAGCUGCAAAUUACAUACCAUUUUGGCUGGAAAUUGUAGAAGAAGCAACAGGGGUUGUGUUAGUGACAAGUGAAAAGUUUCCCCAUUUGUGUGCUUGGAGAGAUGAGUACCUCAGCUGUAGUGAAGUUAAGGAAAACCUUCCUGAUAGAGAUAUGAUGUUUGGUUUUUUUAAAGCUAAAGUACAAGCUGCGGCUGCUGCUAAAUGAAUAUCUAUCGAAUUGAUUAUAAACUUUUAAGAUUCUGUAUGUGGAAUAAAGCUUGUCAUGCAAAAUUUGGGGGCUCUUU